AUGGAGCCUCAAACAAAUCAAGAGCCCGCGACUGAUGGGCGCGUCUCUCGCCAACCCCGACAGACCCUUUUCGUCCGGUCGCUUCCCGCAUCGGCCACGACAGACAGCUUAGCAGAGUACUUCUCGCAGUCCUACGUGAUCAAGCAUGCCCUUGUCGUUCUCGACCCGCAGACUCAACAACCGAAGGGCUUCGGUUUCGUGACAUUUGCCGAUCUCGAAGAUGCACAGCGCGCGUUGGAAGAAUUUAACGGAACCGUCUUUGAUGGGAAGAAAAUCCAGGUCGACUACGCGCAGCCGCGUCACCGUGAAGUCGAUGAGAAUAUCGGAAAGAGCGUGCCGGCUGCUGCUGCUGUCGAGUUUAAGAAGAAGAGGGAGGAGGAGAGAGCUGCGCAGCAGCCGCCGAGGUUGAUUGUUCGGAAUUUGCCGUGGAGUAUUAAGGAGCCUGAAGACUUGGCGGUGCAUUUCCGGAGUUUCGGGAAGGUAAAGCAGGCUUAUUUGCCUAAGAAAGGGAACACACUGGCUGGUUUCGGCUUUGUUGUGUUGAGAGGCAAGAAGAAUGCUGAAAAGGCGUUGGAGGCGGUUAACGGUAAAGAGGUAGACGGGCGGACUUUGGCUGUUGACUGGGCCGUGGAGAAGAACGUUUGGGAGAACUUACAGAAACAGGAGGAGGGGAAGCAAGACGAGGAGGAGAAGCAGGAUGAUGGAGAGAAGUCGGGCGACGCGGACAUGGCGGAAGCGGAGGAAGGGUCUGGGGAUGAAGACGUUUCCGAGGGCGACGAAGAUGAAGACGAGGAGGAAGAUGAUGAGGACGAUGAAGAGGACAAGUUUGACGAGUUUGAUGAGGAUGAGGAUGAUGAUGAAGAAGAAGAAGAAGAGGAAGAGGACAAAGAGGAUGAGCGCAACGCAUCUACCAUCUUCAUUCGCAACCUACCCUUCACCUGCACAGACGAGACGCUCUACGAACACUUUACACAAUUCGGCAACGUCCGAUACGCCCGAAUCGUCGUCGACCCUGAGACUGACCGUCCACGCGGUACAGGCUUCGUCUGCUUCUGGCGCCCCGGGGAUGCCCUCACUUGUAUCCGCGAGGGUCCGAAGCCACAAGACACCAUCACAGCCGACAAAGAUAAAAGUAAGAAGACAUCCGCCAUCAAGCAUUCCGUCCUGCAGAGCGAAACCUCCGAUCCAACUGGACGCUACACCCUGGAUGGACGAGUGCUACAGGUUGCCCAGGCAGUCAGCAGAAACCAAGCCUCCAAGCUGGAGGAGGAAGGUGUUUCGCGGAGACUUGUUCGCGAUACCGACAAGCGUCGACUCUUCCUCCUUUCCGAAGGAACGAUCCCCACCAACUCGCCCCUGUACAAGAAGCUUUCUCCCUCUGAGAUUAAGAUGAGAGAGGACAGUUUCAAGCAGCGCCAGAGCUUCAUCAAGAAGAACCCGACGCUGCACUUGAGUUUGACAAGAUUGUCUGUCCGCAACAUCCCCAGACAAGUCACCUCGAAGGACCUGAAGGCACUCGCCAGGCAAGCCGUCGUCGGUUUCGCAGAGGAAGUGAAGAAGAACCUCCGCCAACCGCUGUCCCCAGAGGAACUACACCGGGCAUCGGACGAGAUGAAGGAAGCCGACAAGCUGCGCAAGCAGAAGGGCAAGGGUAUCGUGAAACAGGCUACGAUUGUGUUUGAAGGACGCGAUGGAAGCAAGAUCGGUGAGAACACCGGUGCGGGGAGAAGCAGAGGCUACGGGUUUAUUGAAUACUACACCCACCGACAUGCGCUGAUGGGUCUCCGGUGGCUCAACGGGCACCCCAUCGACGCGCCCAAUAGCGAUGCGGAGGUCAAGGACAAGAAGAAGCGGGUUAUUGUGGAAUUUGCGAUUGAGAACGCGCAGGUAGUCAAGCGUCGGACUGAACAAGAAGCGAAGUCUCGCAGCUACGCCCAGGCAGCUGCUCAAAGGAGGAAGGAAGAAGGGGAGGAAAAAUCGCAAAAGCCCAACGGCAAGUUCAAUGGGAAGCCCAAUGGAAAGCCCAAUGGAAAGCCCAACGGGAAGUUCAGCGGGAACAAGGAGAGACCAUCUCCAAAUGCAAAUAUGGCUGGACAGAAGAGAAAGCGAUCCGAGAGUCGCGGCAGUGACAAGCGCGAAGGCGAAGACUCCGAGGAAGCAAACAAGAUCGCCAAACGCAACCGGGUGAUUGCGAAGAAGAGGAUGCAACGGAAGGGCCGGAAGGGCAAAUAA